AUGACAGCAAAUGAGCCCUGGGAAGCCACCAAUGGCGCCGACAAUCACAACCAAUUCGAAGAUGCAUUCGGGCAACAAGAGGUGCGGGUUGUGGGAGCUGUGGAACAAGUGAAGAGACGCUGACUUUAAGAGAAGAAAGAUGCGGUGCGGACUCAUUCAAGCGACAGUGAAGGAAUAUCGGAGCAGUUAGAAGUCAUAUUUGACAAAUCAGAUCCCCAGAGAAGGCGAGCUUCGCUAGUACCGCCAGACCCAUCACAACGCCCUUCCACGGGCAGACACAGGACAUCAUGCUUCGUGCAUUCGCUACUGGAGGCGAGGGCUCAGGCUGGAGAAUAUACCAUCAAGGAGGAGGUUCUUGAAAAGCCGGACGACAAACACACAGAAAGUCCGGACACCCAACGGGACGGGCAGCAUCAUACGCAGUCAAGGCUUUUGACAAAGAAACAAUUGUCUGAUAUGGCACUCGGCAUAAGAGAACUCUCGAAGAAACUUGGCCAUGUUCGUCUACUGCUGAAAGUGCGCAACGUAUUCCUGCUCACCAAAGCGCACGACCAAACCUUGAUCCAAAAGACAAGAGACGUGACCGAGUGGUUGUUGCGACAGAAGAAUGCAGAUGGGAACAUGUACACUGUCUGGGUUGAAGAUACCAUGCGGGAGCACAAGACAUUCGAUGCCGAUGGUCUUCUAGCGAAAGACCCCUCAUGGAGAGAUCGGCUAAAGUACUGGACGAACGAACUCUGUGCAAAGAAGCCGCAUACUUUCGAGAUAUGUCUAGCUUUGGGCGGAGAUGGGACGGUCCUAUACGCCUCUUGGCUUUUUCAACGGAUCGUACCUCCCGUAAUGUCCUUUGCGCUCGGCUCUCUAGGCUUUCUCACCAAAUUCGACUACCAAAAGUACCCAGACACCUUGAAAAGAGCGUUCUACGAAGGUGUUACAGUCUCUCUCCGGUUGCGAUUCGAAGCGACCAUUAUGCGAUCAAGGCGGAGAGAAGAUGAACAUCAACAGAGCCACCGGGACCUGAUCGAUGAACUGAUCGGUGCCGGAAGCGACGAUGUCAGCACGCACAAGCCCGACGGCUCUCAUAAUAUUCUUAAUGACAUUGUAAUGGAUCGCGGCCCCAAUCCAACCAUGUCCAGCAUCGAAGUUUUCGGAGAUGAUGAGCAUUUCACAACCGUCCAGGCCGACGGAAUUUGUGUUGCGACCCCGACUGGAUCAACAGCAUACAACCUCGCGGCAGGAGGCAGCCUAUGCCAUCCUGAUAACCCGGUCAUUCUGGUCACCGCAAUUGCGCCGCACACGCUGAGCUUUCGACCAAUCAUCCUACCUGAUACUAUUGUAUUGAGAAUAGGUGUUCCCUAUGAUGCCAGAGCUAGUUGCUGGGCAUCUUUUGAUGGCAAGGAGAGGUGAGUCCUGUUUCCAUAAUACGUCCUCACUUGGUCGCUAACGACUUCAUCGCAGAUCCGAGCUCAAACCGGGCGACUAUGUCACCAUCUCUGCAAGCCGAUUUCCUUUCCCAAGUGUGUUACCUCUGGAUCGAAGAAGCGAGGACUGGGUUGACAGCAUCUCUCGCACCCUCAAUUGGAAUAACAGACAACGCCAGAAGGCAUUCGAUCAGGGCCACAAAGAGGCAGGUGACCCGUCGAGAUAG